AUGGCGGCAAUGUGGGCCGCGUCUGCCUCUGCCGGCUCCCAAUUCGCGGCUGCAGUGUCGGCACCUCCACGUUCAUCGCGACCUCUGCAGCCUACGCCCACCCCCGCACCCCGGGGUGCCUACGCCGUGAGCUUGGUGUCAGCCGUGAUCUCCCUGGGCGCUUUUGUGGGCGCCUCCCGCGAGCGGUCGGCAAGGACUCCCACCGUCAGUCGCCAGGUUUUGGUCCCACAGCUAAAAGACUGGCGCAAGCCCUUCAAACCCCGGAUCAAGCCGGAACGACCAGACCACAAGAGGUUCCCUGACGAUGAGCCGAUGAAAUCCAGACCUCAGUUCGCAAAGUUCGCGCUCAUGGCAAAGGAGCUGUGCUGGGUGACCAGCAAGCAGCUUGAGGACGCCAGGCGCGAGAUCGUGCGCGCAACGAGUCGCACUGCCAAGGUUUACCUUCGCGUUUAUCCGCACAAUGCUAUCACGCAGAGGAUCGCGGAUAGCCGCACAGGUGCCAGCAAGGGCAGGUUCGAGUAUUGGGUUGCAGCACUGAAACCUGGAGUGGUUAUCUUCGAGCUGGACGUGGAGUCCGAGGAGCUGGCGAGGCGGGCGCUGAAGGCCGGCAGCCGGAAGCUGCCCUUCAAGGUCUCCUUCAAGUUCCGGGAAGAAGGGCCGGCCAUGUUCGAGCUCACUGCGUGA